UUCAGUCUCGACGCGAUAGCGAUACCUUGGUGUCGCGUUAGACGCGUGCGACCGACACGUGUAUGACGAGAAUCAUGGGUGAGAUACGUGCCGUGCUGUGCCCGCGCCGACGACAGGUGCCCCUUCUGGUAGUGACAACUCUGUUAGUGGGCGUGCGUGCGGAGUUAGUCGAUCCUAAAUUUAAGGAGCCAAUAACCAAUGUAACUGCGCCAGUGGGAAGAGAAGCCAUCCUGUCCUGCGUUGUUCAAGAUCUCGCCGGAUAUAAGGUGGCAUGGCUGCGUGUCGACACACAGACUAUUUUGACAAUAGCGAACCACGUGAUCACGAAGAACCACAGGAUCUGGGUUUCUCAUAGCGACCACCGAACGUGGUUUCUUCACAUACGGGAAGUGCGAGAGUCCGACAGAGGCUGGUACAUGUGUCAGAUAAAUACGGAUCCUAUGAAGAGCCAGAUCGGUUAUCUCGAGGUGGUCGUGCCGCCCGACAUCCUCGACUACGAUACCAGCACGGAUAUGGUGGUGAUGGAGGGGCGAAACGUGACCCUGCGUUGCGCCGCCACCGGCUCUCCGGCGCCUAACAUCACCUGGCGACGCGAGGACGGUCAGCAAAUUCAGCUCGGGAACGGGGAGGAAGUUUCGAGUGUGGAUGGCUCGAGUUUCAAUAUUACAAAAGUAAACCGGCUGCAUAUGGGUUCCUAUUUAUGCAUCGCAUCCAAUGGCGUGCCACCUUCCGUCAGUAAAAGAAUAAUGCUUACUGUGCAUUUUCCACCAAUGAUUUGGGUUCAAAAUCAGUUAGUUGGUGUCCGCGAAGGUCAGAAGCUGACUCUCGAAUGCUUCUCAGAAGCAUUUCCGAAAUCUAUCAAUUAUUGGACGAGAGAUCAGGACAAGAUUGUGGCGCAAGGAGGAAAAUACGAGCCAGUGCUGAAAGAUAACGCGUACAAAGUACACAUGAUACUGACGAUAAACUCCGUCAGUCCGACGGAUUAUGGCUCGUAUAAAUGUGUCUCUAGAAAUUCGCUGGGCGACACUGACGGCAGCAUUAAAGUCUAUCCAAUAUCGAACUCCACUUCCAACGACACCAAGCACAAAGGUAAACCAAGGCAUAAUUCAGGGAACGAUAUCCUGGGGGGAAAUCAAGAUAUGCUAAAAGAGCCAGAUUUGAAAUUACGAAGUCGUAAGGAGGACGAAGGCGACAUAACGGACUAUGAUGACUCCAGCGCCAGUAACAACCGUAGUUCGUUGUUUUUGGUGACCCUCGUCGCUCUAUGCCUCUGCCUCCAUCAUCAUCCGCAGAUGAUGCGUACGCUGCAUCCGGCCUGAGAUCUGCCCGCCACGGCACUGCACGCCAUCACACGCGUACUUCGAUCAUCGAAUCAUGUGACUUUGUACAUCCACUUGUAAAUCCAUCGCUCAGGGACUUCAGUCGAGGAUGAAUAUCGUCGAGGACUGCGUUGACCACACUACACUUUAAAUUUAAACGAUAAGAUAAUAAUAUUGUAAGUAGCAUUAGUGGCGGCUCCGCGACUAGCGUAGUUUGCUAAGGGAGGAUUACGACUUAAGAAACGGUCAUUGCGGACAAUUUUCGGCCCGGAGUUGAGUGCGCAAAUCUACCCUAUGUGCCCAGAGAUCAUGUUCAACGUUGGGGAAUGCUUACUCUUUAUUUAUCUUGCGGGUUAGCAGUGUCGCAGAGAUAACUAAAAUAUCUAUAAAUUUUCAACAUUAUAACAACCGUGAUAAUGAAAGUUAAACAUUUUGAUUACUCUUAAUUACUUUUUAACACAAUUUUUUUUUUUUUUUUUUUAAGAUCUCUUAUUUUUGCACGUUAUCAAUAAUUUUAUUUAUUUAUGUGCGCUAUAAAAAUAAUAUUCUAUGCAACUGUGAGAUAACUUUUUGCAUCUAACAAUUUCUCUACGAAAUAAUAAAUGUAUAAGAAAAAAAAAAUCUUUUUUAUCGAUCAAGAAAGUACGAAUUUGCGCUGAAAAAUCUGGUAAUGGUCAAUCUUGACAACGAGCAACAAGCGAAAAGUCUUAUUGAAAAGAAAUAAAUUUCUAUAAAGAAACACGUCAACGAAAGACGGACAGUUGGCAGUGUUUUGCGUCAUUUUUAAUUGGCUAUCCAGACAGUGAUGUAUCCCAACGUAUCGGACGUCCAUUAUGAAUCGAUGGCCGAACGAUGCGACAAUGCGACGAUGCGACGAUGCGGCUACAUUGAUUGAAGGUAGCCUAGACGUUUAUUAGAGACUAUGGCAGUGCUAUCCAAUUCCAGGAAAGGAUGAACGGCUCAGACAGACUCAAGCUUCUUUCGUACUGCCAAUCUUUCUCGACAAACCUAAAAGCGUAUCGAAUAUUUUGGAAAUAUAUUUCACACACGAUAAAAAAAAUUAAAUAAAUAAAUAGAGGAAUCAAAUACUACAUAAAGGUUUGUAAUUAUAUUUUGCAUUUAUUUAUCACGAGCAAAUUCAAGCGAUUAAGAAUAUAUAUUAAAAGUUUGCAUUUGAACUCUCUUCACGAAGAGCAUGAAUACUUAUCGAUACUACGAAGAUGGCGAAGUUUCUUCUUAUACUAUGCUACUUGUUCUUUCUCUCUUUUCUCUCUUGCUUGCUCUCUUUAUGUAGUUUCAAGCAAUGUUUUACUCUUUUAAAUGAGCAAGUACAAUUUUUUUUCUUUUUUAAGCGUAAGCCUGUUGAUUGCGCGAUUUAUCUCAUUUUUUGUUCAAUAGAUAAUUGUUGUUCUCCAACGAGUUAUUAAAGUCGCAUCGAUGCAGUGACAUCGGUCGGCGUCAUUUUACAUAACUCUUCGUAACUACUAAAUUUUAAUUAAAAAAAAUUAUUAUGUGCAUAAAGUAGCUAGCAUUAAUUUCAUAGAAAGUACGAGGCGUAUUAUAUUAAUCGCCAUUGCUUGAAGACUCGCACCAAAAAGAAAUCCUCGACGGACAUCCUGGAUUGUUCAUUAGAAUUUAUACCGGGAAGGACAUUUGUGUUAGUUGAAAUCUAUUCUAUAAUAACUCUCUGUAUAGUAUUAUGUAUAGUAUCAGUAUAAUUACUGAUAUAUGUACUAUAUAUAUAGACACAAUAUAAAUGUGACUAUGCUGCCGGUCGUUCCUCGAAUUUUUCAGUGAAACUAUUAAAUUAAUAAUUUCUCCCAUCUUUGCAUAAAAUUUUGCUGAAAUAGUCCUUAAGCAGGAUUAUCAGAUUUAUAAUUAUUUUAUUUAAUUUUCUAAUAUUUAAAGCAAAAAAUUGCAUUUUAUAAUUUCAAUGUUUUAUAAAUUAAAGGGUAUUUAAGUAUAUAAUUAAUCUUAAUAAAAGUAUAUAAUUAAUCUUCUAAUAAUUUUAUUUUUAGAAAAUAAAUCAGAGAAUAUAUCAUAAUUUGUAUAUAGUAUGUAUAAUAAGUACAAUUAUAUACAAUAUAUAAUAGUAUUAAGUCAAGACUGAGGAGGCUUUGAGCCUCCUUAAAUCAUUUCCAUGCAGUGAUCGAUGUACUGCGUGCGAAUAGAUCUCGCUUUAUAUUCUACACGUACUGUAUAUAUUAGAAAGUAGACUGAUAUCGCUGGAAGCUACCUACCACUGUCGUAAUGAUAUACAGUAUUCAAUAAAAAACAAUUUUUUUUUUUUUUUUUAAAGAAUAAACUAAACACACUUCUCGAUGAUACAUAAUGUUUGACAAACUCACGAAACAAAUACAGAUAAUUUAAUGCGUAUUCGACGAUUGAAUGAUUUAUUAAUGAUUUAUCGAUUUUUUCUAUUAGUGUCUCAAUCACAGUAAUUAACUGUCAUUUUCUUGGUAUCAUUAAUUAUUUACAUUAGGUAAUGCAUCACAUAAUAUUUGCAUCAUAAUCGACUGCGAAUAUUCGCAGAACUUUACUUAAGCUAUCAGAGCUUUGAGUAACACAUUCUGUAAACUGGGACACUCUCUGUACAGUUUGAAUCAUAGUACAAUAUCACGAUGCCGAGCUUAUACAUGGCGUUUUGUGUUUUCGUUCACUGAUGUAUGCAUACGUAUGCAGAUAGAGAGCUUAUCAUUCAAUAUUAGAUGUAAAGAAGGUUGUCUCAAAAUGAGUUAAAGCUGACUAAUAAAGUAAAGCAAAGAUAAUUUCUUGUUAUGUGAAAAAGUAAUCAAAUUUGAAAAACCGAAAGAGAAAUAUUAAAACAUCGUUUAUUAACUUUUAUAUAAAUAAUUAUUAAUUUAAAAGAACAAUACUGAAAAGAAUUUUUUUUCUUAUAUAUGUGCGCGUGUAAUAGUUGAUACAUAUGAUAUAUUAAUAUGACAUUUCUCUAUAAAGAGAAUUUACAUAAAAGAAAACACAUUUUAAUUAUUGACAUUAUUUUAGCGUAAAAAAAGAAUAUAAAUACAAGAAUUAUUUAACACAAAAAUAUAUUAUCUGAGAAAAAGGGUCAAUAAUAAAUAUUUAUUUUACAAGAGAUAUAAUUUAAAAAAAAAAUUUAUUUUAUCUAUUUUAUCUAUUUUAAAAUAUAUACUAUGGCAAUAUUUAAAAAUAUCAAGAUUAUCGAAGAUAAUAAUACACUGUGACCUUUUUCGAUUAAAUUUAGUUUAAUCUAUGACCUAUAAUGGUUUUCUUUCUUUCUCCUUUUAAUGAUUUAAUUUAAUUUAAUAUCCUUAAUAUGGACUAGUUUAACGCACACUGUGCAUAUAACAAUUAAAAAUAAUAUUUAAUGUCUUGAUUGACUCAUUAUAUGUAUAUCGAGCAGCAUUCAUCAUUGAAAUUCACGUUACAUUCUACAUGAUGCUUACAUUUAUGUACUAUUUAUAAAUAAUUUAGUGAGUGCGGCAAUUGAACAAUGUAUCGAAUAUAACUCAGAGCAACUUACUUUUAUAUCAUCAACAUUGUAGAUAAUCAUAUCAAAUACAUCAUUUAUACGACACGUAUAAUAAAUCGUGAAGAAUAAGUGCGAAAUUUGUAAUAAAGACGAAUAAUACGAAUCAUGUGUAGCUAAUAAAAGUACAUGACGCACUAUAUGUGCGACUAUUAUAGUUAU